AUGUAUGGAGUUUACAGACCCACACAUACCCCAACGGGGAUAGAGCAUUGCAUUUACUGCAAUUUUUUCAACAACUUUGAAAAAUCAUUAGUCAUUGCCGGAGUAAACCAGCUGAAUGUUUUCCGUCUUACUCCUGAAGAGAGUAUGGCCUUUGCAGACAAACCCCCAGAACGAAUUGGCGAGAUCCGAAAGAAGUUAAAGCUAGAAUGCAUGUCCACGUUCAGUCUGUUCGGGAAUAUCAUGUCUGUAAAGUCGGUCAAAUUGGUUGGAGCUCAGCGAGAUGCUUUACUCCUCAGUUUUAUGGAUGCAAAGCUUUCCCUUGUGGAAUAUGAUCCGGGGACACAUGAUUUGAAAACUUUGUCUCUACAUUAUUUUGAAGAGCCAGAGUUGAGGUGUGGAUUUGUGGAAAACCGACACAUUCCUUAUGUGCGUGUGGAUCCAGAUGGCCGUUGUGCAGCUAUGCUGAUCUAUGGCCGUCAUCUGACUAUUCUUCCCUUCCGUCAUGAUGUGAGUUUAGAAGAAGGAGAUGCUGGACUUGGCUGCAAACCACCGAUUCUUUCUUCCUACCUGAUUGACUUACGUGUCAUGGAUGAAAAAAUAACAAAUGUUUUGGACAUUCAAUUUCUACAUGGAUAUUAUGAACCAACAAUAUUCAUUCUGUAUGAACCUCUCCAGACAUGGUCAGGACGUACAGCUGUGAGGACAGACACAUGCAGCAUUGUGGCUAUAUCCUUAAACAUCCAGCAGAAGGUCCAUCCUGUCAUAUGGUCUCUCACCAAUUUACCCUUUGAUUGUUUUACUGCCCUACCUAUACCUAAACCAAUUGGUGGCGUGGUUGUAUUUGCUGUCAACUCUCUAUUGUACCUGAAUCAAAGUGUGCCCCCUUACGGCGUCUCAUUAAAUAGUAUAUCGCAGAGCUGUACAGCGUUCCCCCUCAAACCUCAAGAUGGCGUUCGUAUUAGUUUGGAUUGUUGUCAGGCGGCAUUAAUUACUUUUGAUAAAUUGGUUUUGUCACUGAAAGGCGGAGAACUUUAUGUCUUAACAUUAGUUGUGGAUGGGAUGAGAAGCGUGAAGAGUUUCCAUUUUGAUAAAGCUGCUUCCAGUGUUCUCACCACAUGUAUGUGCCAGUGUGAAGAAGGGUAUUUAUUUUUAGGAUCCAGACUUGGCAAUUCCCUUCUAUUAAAAUACACUGAAAAAAUGCUAGAAGCUUCUGUCCCCAAGAUUGACAUUGACGGCAAGAAGUCUGAACCACCAUUGAAAAAGAAGAAGAUCGACAGCUCUGAAGUGAUGGCGUCUGAUGUGUCUCAAAUUGAUGAUCUUGAUGAGUUAGAAGUUUAUGGCGAAGGGGAUAUCAUGAGUGGCACGACCAUUACUUCAUUCACAUUUGAGGUUUGUGACAGUAUUCUCAACAUUGGACCCUGUGGCAGAAUGGUAAUGGGAGAGCCAGCGUUUUUAUCAGAAGAAUUUUGUAACACUGUGGAUCCUGACCUAGAGUUAGUUACAACGUCCGGUUACAGCAAGAAUGGCGCUCUCUCAGUUUUACAAAAAAGAUCUGAUGAUGAAGAAAAGGAGAAGGAAGACAAUGAAGCAAAAAAAAAAGAUGGGAAGAUGGGGAGUCAGGAAGAUGAGGAAGAUAUUGAAGACGGCCACGCCUUUUUGAUUCUAAGCAAAAGGGAUUCAAGUAUGAUUUUACAGACUGGACAGGAGAUAAUGGAGUUAGAUCACAGUGGCUUCAGCACUCAGACACCCACAAUAUUUGCUGGAAAUAUUGGCAACAAUCGAUACAUUGUUCAAGUCUCCCCUAUGGGAGUUCGCUUGCUGGAAGGCGUGAAACAGUUGCAGCACAUUCCAAUUGAUGUCGGUUCAGCGAUUGUCCAUUGCUCAGUGGCUGAUCCUUUCCUGUUGGUCAUGAGCCAAGAGGGUCAGCUGGUAUUGUUAUCUUUGAGGGCAGACAGUUUUGGAAGUGGCGUUCGUUUGGCUGUCACCAAGCCCCAGCUGCAACAGAAAAACAAAAUAAUCAGCAUGUGUGUUUACAAAGAUCUCAGUGGUUUGUUUUCUACAGCACCAGUCAAAUCAGAAACCUACAAUCCAAACCCGUCUGAUUUCAACAGAUUAUCCAAAGUCCAUGAAGAACGAUUAUCUUCUGGUUUGCCCAACAGUUUUGCUGAUGAUGAAGACGAACUACUGUAUGGAGAUUCAGAAUCUGUAUUUAAUAAAUCUGCAAAUCCCAGUUCAAAGCCUUUGCCAAAACCAAGUCUGUCUGAAGCUCAACACAAAAGAGAAAUCAAGGCUACAUUUUGGGCUAUCAUAUGUCGUGAGAAUGGCGUCCUAGAAAUCUACACUCUUCCUGAUUUCCGAAUGACAUACUAUGUGAAAAAUUUCCCAAUGGGACAGAAAGUGUUAGUGGACAGCAUCCAGAUGACGGAAUCAUCCAUGAAACUUGGCAACACUAGUACAAGUAGUGAUCGUCAAGAAAAAGUAAUUGGAGAUAUGCCAGCAAUCAAGGAGUUGUUGUUAGUGGGACUGGGUUGCCGCCGUUCCAGACCCCAUCUCCUGGCUCGUGUGGAUGAAGAUUUAUUAAUCUAUGAAGCCUUCCCCUUUUAUCAAACCCAAAUUGAUAACCACUUGAAAAUUCGUUUCAAGAAAAUCCAGCACAACCUGAUUCUAAGAGAAAAGCGACUCUCACGUGCUCGCAAGAAAGGCAUCGAUGUACCCGAUGAUACUGGCAUCUUGCAGGAGAACCACGUCUGCCUGAUGCGAUAUUUUGAAGACAUCUCUGGUUAUUCCGGGGUGUUCAUAUGUGGUGCUUAUCCUCACUGGAUCAUCAUGACUGCUCGAGGAUCUUUACGGAUUCAUCCAAUGAGCAUCGAUGGUCCUAUCACAUGUUUUGCUCCUUUCCAUAAUAUAAACUGCCCCAAAGGAUUUCUCUACUUUAAUAAACUUGGUGAACUUCGUAUUUGUGUUUUGCCAACUCAUUUAACCUAUGAUUCCCCCUGGCCAGUGCGAAAAGUGCCUUUACGCGCCACUCCCUAUUUUGUUAUAUAUCACCCAGAAAGCAAGACUUACGCCGUAGUCAGUAGCACGCAAGAACCAUCAAACAAGUUACCAAAGACCACUGCAGAUGAACGGGAAUUUGAAAUCAUCGAAAGGGAUGACCGAUUUGUUUAUCCAGUGAUGGAAAAAUACAGUGUUCAGUUGUUCUCACCAGUCAGUUGGGAAGUCAUUCCCAAUACUAAGAUUGAAUUAUUGGAAUGGGAACAUGUAACAACUUUAGUUAAUGUGUCUUUGAGAUCCGAAGGAACCAUUUCUGGUUUCAAAGGUUAUUGUGCCAUGGGAACAAAUUUUUCUCUUGGAGAAGAAGUACAGUCUCGUGGCCGGAUCAUCAUUUUUGACAUUAUUGAAGUUGUUCCUGAACCAGGUCAGCCUCUUACUAAAAAUAAAAUUAAGUUGAUGUAUGAAAAAGAACAGAAAGGACCAGUAACCGCUCUCGCACAAGUUGAAGGCUAUCUUUUAUCAGCAAUAGGCCAGAAGCUGUAUAUUUGGUCGUUAAAAGACAACGAUUUGUCAGGCGUUGCUUUCAUUGAUACCUACAUUUAUAUUCAUUCCCUGAGCACGUUGAAGAACAUCAUCCUUGCCGGGGAUCUGCUGAAAAGCGUUUCUGUCUAUAGAUAUCAAGAAGAGCUCAAAGUCUUAUCUCUUGUCAGCAGGGAUAUUCGUCCUAUGGAAGUCUAUACUGUUGAUUUUAUGGUUGACAAUGCAAACCUUUGCUUUGUUGUGACCGACAGAUUGAAGAAUCUGUUGGUCUACUCUUAUCAACCAGAAGCUCGCGAAAGUUGCGGAGGACAGAGACUUUUGCGUCGAGCAGACAUGAAUAUUGGUUCCCAUGUUUUAAGUACAUUCCGUGUUCGCUGUAAACUUUCUGAUCAGUCGAUUGACCGCAAAAUGAUUAGUGUGGCUGAAAAGAGGCAUAUUACAUUUUUUGCCACACUGGAUGGAAGUAUUGGCAAUGUAAUGCCAAUCUCGGAGAAGGUUUAUCGACGCUUACUUAUGCUUCAGAAUGCCAUGGCCACUCACAUUCCACACAUCGCAGGACUCAACCCAAAAGCUUACAGGGCCGUCAGGGCAACCAUCCCUGAGCUCUUCAAUCCAAGCCGGAAUAUCCUGGAUGGUGAAUUAUUGUGGAAGUACACAAAUCUGAGUGUCAUUGAAAAAAGUGAAGUUGCUCGGCGAAUUGGUAUUACCGUGGAUCAAAUCAUUGAUGAUUUGAUGGAGAUUGAUCGGCUUAGUGGACACUUUUGA